AUGGAUGACAAUCACCCAUUUGAAGUUCCAAAUUGGAUUGAUAUUGACUCAAAUCAAGAAGUUAUUGCACAGAAAGUAUUUUGCCAGAUUCCUAAACCUCCCAGAAAAAGGAAAAAAGAUAAUAUUGUACUAGAAGAUGUAAACAAUACAACUUACCUGGACGAGUUAAUGCUGCCAGAAGAUCCGAAUGAGAGACUGAAGUGUCUACUUAGUAAAUUGCAAAACAAAAACAAAAACAUAACUUGUAAUAAAGGCAAUAAAAAAGAAAGCAAAGUAUUAAAAGAUGGAAUCAAAAAGAAAACUACAACUUCGACUUUAGAAGUUAAUGGCAGCGUUUCUGAAAAACCUCAGAGAAAGAAGAAAAAAAAGAGACUUGCUAAGAAAUGUAGUUUAAUUAAUGCUGAAAGUAUGGAACAAAAUAAUGAUUGUGAUUCCAUGUUACCAAUAGCUAAAAGGAAAGAAUUGCCUGAAAAGUUAGCAAACAAGGAAGAAGGGAAACCUGAUUUCCCAGCUGUAACCAGGGAUCAACCCACUGUUAAGAGGAUUAAGUCAGCAAGUAGUAUUUCAAGUACUAUUUCAGCUGAAAAUGGUUUAGACUUUUCUGCUAAAGAGAAGUUAACAGGAAAAAGAGAUUUUAAAAGUAAACUGAAAUGCAAGUUAAGUGGUGCACAGUUUCGUUGGCUUAAUGAACAACUGUACACAAAGGAAAGUAAAGAUGCCUUUGAGAUGUUUUCACAGGAUCCAGCUUUGUUUGAUAUAUAUCAUCAUGGUUUUCAAAGUCAAGUGAAGUCAUGGCCACAAAAUCCAAAUGAUUUAAUGAUAAAAUAUCUGAAUGAAAGACCAGCAGAAUUACUUGUUGCAGACCUGGGGUGUGGUGAAGCAAAAAUUGCUCAAAGUGUCAAGCAAAAAGUGUACUCCUUUGAUCUGGUAGCUCAAAAUGAAUAUGUCACUGCUUGUGACAUGUCAAAGGUACCACUUGGAAAUGAGACAGUUGAUGUUGUGGUAUUCUGCCUGUCUUUAAUGGGUAAAAACAUAGUUGACUUUUUGAAAGAAGGAAACAGAAUUCUGAAACAAGGGGGUGUUUUAAAAAUAGCUGAGGUCACUAGUCGCUUUUUGGAUAUUCAAGAAUUUGUCAAAGAUAUUUGCGAUCUAGGGUUCAAAUGUGUUUCAAAAGACUGUUCAAAUAAGAUGUUUGUAUUGAUGGAAUUCAUGAAAGUGAGAAAAUCCAAAUCAAAAACACAUUUGAACAUCAGGUUAAAGCCAUGCAUUUACAAACGUAGAUGAUAAUGAUUUCCUUCUUGAAGUUAUUUAUCAAUUUGUGGUCUGCAUUCAUUCACAUAUUGGUGUAUUAAUACCUU